CGCGGUUGAAAUACGAGAAUGGAAAGCUGCUAAUAAGGCAAGACGUUAAUGGUGCGCCUUCUGUUUGAAGUUCAAGUACAGGUACAGGCAGGUGCAGGCGCAGCACCAACCUUCGUGCUCCUUCAAACAUGGCGUUCUCAACGACUUCAGCCCGGCCUCUCAUGCAGUACGUCUAGCCGAUUGUUAGCGGUUCCUUCUUCCGGGCGCGCAUUCGCUUUUCCUUUAUUCGGACGUUGCUUCGGAAUUCGCCAAGAAGCGACAGUUAUUUUUACAAACACCGACUCUCGGCUAUGAGCUCGCCGUCCAAGCCCGGCAGCCGCCGAUGCGUUGCUCCGGCACCACUCUGCAACGGAAUCGUAAGUGGGCGCAUAACGCAGGUGCCCAACGGCGACAUCGCAAACGACGUCGAUGUUCAAGACGGAAGCGAGAUUUUCGGAAAGUUCCCACGCUUAGUUUUGAGGCGGCUGACCAACGAAGAGAUUCUUGCCGCCACUGGUUAUCGUCAGUCGGCGCCUCUACAAGAGUAUGAAGUCGAAAAUGUCUUGGACAUUAAAAAAGAGAAGGGUCAAACGUGGUUUCUUAUCAAAUGGAAAGGCUGGAGCGAGUUAUACAACUCUUGGGAAACUGAAGAAAGUGUACAGAAUUGCAUGGCCUUAGUUCUAGAAUGCUGCGUUCGGACAAACUCUAGCUAUAAAAGUAGCAUGAUACAGAGGGCGGUCCGACUUGCCUGCAAUGCUCAGAACCCCGAUGUUGCAGUUUUGUGCAAGCUUGCUGGCUUUACCGUACCAGACAAUGGCUUCAUCCGCAAGCAGGACAUCAUCGACAUGAGGAAACAGGUCCUGCACCUGUCUGCACAUCGGUCUGGACAGAUGUCACGAAUAGUGAAGGCGUUUGGGUCGUGGGAGUCGUUUGUGUCGACAGUCGAGGAACGGCGAUCGCUAGCCCGCACCCUCCACGACUGGGAGCGUUACAUCCAAGUAGCCUCCUGGCACGUACGACCCAACACAACCAAGCCUCUCUUGCGUGUGGAAAACUAUGUCGACCAAGAGGCGCCUCCUGCCGGGUUCGUCUACAUCAAGGACUUUCUGCCGGGACCUGGUGUGGUGUUCCCCGACGACCCCAAGAUGGGCUGCAGCUGCGUGGACUGCUACCAGGACCGAAAGGGCUGUUGCCCAGCGUUUAACGACCUCAAGUUUGCAUACACGGCCAACGGCACCUUGAGUGCGCCUUUUGGGAGCCCCAUCUUUGAGUGCAACCGUCUGUGCAGCUGCGACAUGAACUGUCCAAACAGGGUGGUGCAACGAGGGUGCAAGAUUCCACUUACGAUAUUUAGGACAACAAAUGGUCGUGGGUGGGGCGUUCGAACAGAGCAGCGCAUCAGCAAAGGCACAUUUGUCAUGGAGUAUUUGGGUCAGGUGAUCACUGAUGAGGAAGCCGAAAAACGUGGCAAGUGGUACGAUGAACAAGGCACAACGUACCUUUUUGACCUGGACUACCUCCCUGAGGAUUCACAAUGCCUCACAGAGAAUUCACAGAAUCAAGGAACGGUGUACACAGUGGACGCCGGAACAUAUGGGAACAUUGCCCACUUCGUGAACCAUUCUUGUGAGCCAAACAUGGCCGUGUGCAUGGUGUGGAUCAACAACCUGGACCUCCGAAUGCCACGUCUGGCGUUCUUUACAAACCGGGACAUCUGCACUCAUGAGGAGCUCACUGUGGACUACAAGAUGACAUCACCAGGUGGAGCAAUGGAAGCAACGCCAGACUCCAAGAGAAGUUAUCCUCACAGUAAACUCCGCAUCGAGUGCAAGUGUGGAGCAAAGACCUGCCGUAAAUUCCUGAACUGAGAACGGCAAAGAGGUGUGUGCAAGCUUCAGGAAAAGAAAAAACUGUGCAACUAUGAGCAGGAUUGCGGUGCGUCACGGUGUGCGUGUUACCGUCUACUACCCGCUGCUCCUCCAAACGCUGGCCACUUGUGGUCCUUCUUUUGACCGGUUAUCGCACAUUUAGGGCUGUGCAGUGGCUCGUGACUUCGUCCUCAUUACCUCAUGUUUAUGUCAACCAGACCAUGGCCAUCAUCGGACAGCCAUUGAUGCUGCCACUGACGCGGAAGUUCUGGUAAGGUCAUCAUGCUGUGAGCUCAUGUGCCAUGCAUCUCUAAAGAAUUGCUCUGCCAGAACUUCUAAGGCCUUAUUUGACACAUCAUAGUUACUUCAGGUGUGAAGAAGGACAAUUGAAAGGCACAUGAAAAAAAAAAAAAAAUUGGAAGAGUUGGCAGCUUGUCAAACUGGAAUGUUGGUCCAUCUUGCAAUACACUGCCUUUAAUGGAAGGUGUCAAUGUGACGGUGUUGGCACCUGACGUCCUGUCAACCAUAACUUUUGUUUGUGCUGACGUCCAAGUUCUGGUCAGGUGUGCUGGAUUGACAGAUAAAAACAAAUAAAGUUUGCUAACUUAUGUCUUUCGAUCCAAUGUGUUGGUCAGUAUCAUCGUUUACAUGUUCCAUCCUUUUGGUUUAUUACCGUAUUUACUCUAUUGUAAUGCGACCACGAUUGUAACACGAGGGGCGACUUUUCAUUGCAUCCAGGAAGGAAAAAAAUAUCAUGAUUUCGGUAUUCGAUUGUAAUGCGAGGGUCGACUGUAGGUAGCAAAAAUCUGGGAAAAAAACUCGCGUUUCAUUCAAGUAAAUAUAGUACAUAAGGGGAUACGAAGAACAAGUGGUAUAUGGGAACCAUAGUUACAUAAAAUGUAAAUCAACUAUAGUACAUAUUUUAUGGGACACUAGAAAAAUCUGAAAGCUAGGCAUUUGUUUCCAUUACGAAUGGUCAGUAUUUGUUUAAAUUUUAGGAGUUUCUUAUGUUGGCUAGUACUUUUAGUAGCUUAGUCUAUUCCUCUACUGAAGCUGGUAAAAACUGCUAGUUAAAUCACCCAUUGGUUGAUUGGUGUAAGCACCAUACACAAGUGUUGAAAAGGUGGAAUGAUGUGCGAUUACGCAGAAGUUUCUGACUUCAGUGCCCGAAAUUGAAAUACAUUUAUCAAAACAGUCUGGUCUUCCGGUGGUAGAUAUUGGCGCUGUUUCAAGCACAAAAUAAUAUAUUCUUACAACAAGAUUAUGCUACCUGGAAUGAUAGAAGCUUUUAAUCACUCAUUCUGCCAUUUCCUCCAAUUUUUUAUCAUUUAUUUAAAGUCACUCUGCUGCCUGCAUAAGUGAAAGUCGUCAAAAUCUCACUGUGCCAUAUUUUUUAAUAUUACCGUAUAUAUUCGAAUGUCAGCCGAUGUUUUUUUUUUUUUCUCGAAAAAACAAUGUGUGAAAGUGGGGGGUCGGCUUAGAUUCGAGUACAAUGAUUAAGUUUUUUUUUUCCUGGCCUUGCGAAUUUCGGGCGUUGACAUAGAAUCAGGGCUGGCCUAGAUUCGAGUAAAUACCGUAAUAUGAUGAUACCAUAUUAGUACAGUAGUACACAUUCGUACAAUAAAGGGUAUAUGGUCAGUUUGCACAAGUGCAGAUGCUUAUUAUUUGCAUAGCCAAUCACAAUGCAUCAGAGUACAGGAUUGCCUCCUUGCAUUUAUGAAACACACAAACGGUGCACUUGAGUUUACCAACAAAUGUAUAAGAAAAUGCCAUUUUAUGCGCAAAAAGAGAGCUCCACAUAUCAGCUGCUAGAACAAAUUAUUCGUAAUAUGUACAGUCAACAAACUGAAAUCAGUAAUGUCUGAUUUGUUUUAAAGGGGCCCUACAACAUUUUUCUGAGUAAUAAUGGAAUAGUCUCACUAUUAGUGCAUGACGCUUCAUGAAUCACACGCCUCAAAAAGUUUUUGAAUCGGUCAAGUACGAGCAGAGUUACAGGCGUCUGUCGCAUGCUUCAGCGCUUUCUCUCUCCUCUCAUACCAGCGAGCGUGCUGAAAGCUACACAGGGAGGGGGAUGGCAAGGGGGCAAGAAGAUGCGUGCCUUCAUCAGUGCACGUAAUGACCUUAAGAACUUUCUUUUCUUUUUUUUCUUUGAACGCGCGGCUUACUUUCAGUGCAAGCGCGCGUGGGCAUGUGGCGGCCUCUUGUGGUAGCUGCAGUAACUAUGCAGCUGACAAUGCUCAAAUCAGCCAGUGGCCAUGAAAUUGGGUAUAUGGCGCAGAAAUUUGGAUUGAUGGCAUCAUUUGUAGAGAAAAGAGGGGCAAUUUCUAGCUCACUUUGAGAAUUGUAAGUUCCAGGCCACAUGCAGCGCUAUAUAAUAUUUGGCUCGCGUGUUUCGGGAGCCUCGACUACCGAUCGGCAGCGUUUUCUGACCAUGCUCAAGAAGUGUUGCAGGGCCCCUCUGAAUGAGCAUCAGUUAGAAGAAAGAUGUAUCAGUGUCCAUAAUAGUACUACUAAGCUUUGAAUAUAGCACCAGGAAUAUGAAAACUGAAUAGUGCGAGAUCAUUUUGGACAUUGUUCAGAUUCACGGAUAGUUCUACUACGCAUGGUUUGGUUGGAUGGCUCUUGUUAUAUAAAGAUAGAACAACGUUGCUGUAAAUUAUCAGAAUUCAUGUGCUCAUGGCAACCUUACUUGAACAGUGCAGCCAAACACUGUACCUGAAAAGACAUGAGAAAAGUCGACUCACACAUGCAAAAAUCUGAACGUGUCAUACUGAACCUUGCAUAUACAACACACAUAGCCAUUAUUUUCAUAGUGCCGUAUGAAUGCCAUCUCACACCAAUUGUUAGUUACUACAGCAUUGAAAUAUGUGGCCCUCUUUUCAAGUUACACGGUAAUAUGACCGUAGUGAUAGGACCUCUGAAAGGCUCGCAAAUAGUUAACUGGUGGAAACCUUUGUACAAGUGAUGAUUCUUUGUGUGUGUGUGUGUGCGUGUGUGUUUGUGCACGUGUGUGUGUGUGUGUGUAGUGUUUUUAAACAUAAGUGCUGUUUGUAACAAUAAACAUGUAAAACCCUGUUUUUGCAGUGUGGUUAAAGGGCUUGAAAUGUUGUUUACCUGUAUGUUGUUUAACACGACUUCUGCAGUGUGUGAGGUAAAAAAAAAAAAGAUGUUGGACACACUAGUGCACCUUUUUUGUUCUUUUUAAAGGUGGCACCUCAUUGUUAGUUACAGCUCGUUUGAGCUAGCUGCUGCCUUAUAGCAACAGAAAUCUCUUGAGUGAAUGAAGGGUGGGCUGCAAUCAUACAUUGGUGACUUCUCUCUGACAUGUUUCACAACAGAAAGCCUCAUCAACAAACCUGCCAUUGUAGUGCAUUACAGUGAGCCACCAGACUUCACUUACAUUGUGUAAAUUAUUUUUAACUUGUCUUUGUGUGUAACACCAAUUCAUGUUCAUCAACAUACUGCGAGUUUGUUUAAAUAAAAACUCUUGUUACGUAGUGUUGAUAGUAAUUACUGGCCAAUAUAAGCCCCAAUUCAAACCAUUCAUCUUACAGUUACUUGCUGAACUUUAAACCUGUUCGCUUUGUUUUUCUUCUCUUAACUCAAGAGGCAGAAGUAAUAUUCGAAUAAUAGUUUUGAGUGAUAUGAAUUAAUGAACCUAAAGCAGAAAAGCUUUCUUUCUUGUGUGAAUCAGUAGUUAUGUUUUAAACUUACCUAAUUUGCACUUGACCUUCCAAAUAAAUGGCUUUGUUCAGGGACUCAUAAUGGAAGAAAUGUUGGCAUUUCUGUGAUGUCUACUGCAGCAUGCUCAGUGCCCAAGCUGAACUUGUUGACUUUGUGUAACAGGACUGGCAGUGCAAGAACCUAUGCAAGGUUCUUGCAUAGCAACUGCAGUGCAAGAACCUAUGAGCAAGCUAUUUUGCAUGAAGUGAUGGAGACCAUUCCCAACAGGAGCAGUAUUAUUUUCUAGCAGUCAUUCUGGAACUAGCAGUCGGAGGACACACUACAUUAUAAUGUCUGCUGUGCCUUCCUGCCAAGGGCUACUUGGUGAAAUUGUGGAAAAGCCACUUAGUCAUGUCGAUGUCAAGGCUAGCAACAGCUGCAUGAAGGCAGUCUACUCUCCUGUCACAAUGCUAGGCCUAAGCAGCGAUAAAACCAACUGCAGAACGCCGUCGAUACCUGCAAGUGUAGACAGGAAAUGCACAGGGGACGCGUCGCGUCGAGUCUAUCUGCACACGUUCGGUGUUGUUGACACAACCCAACACUCAACAAAUUUAUUCCAAGCAAACAUACUGGACAGAAUGGUCACGUCUAUUCACACAGUCAAACAGCUACAGUAACUCUAGUACAUACAUAUAUGAGCUCUGAAAGUGUUAAAAGCAAGAACCUCCUUGCAGUUGCAAAAGCAAAGAGGUUCAAUAAGGGGCGCAUGAACUGAUUUUCUUCUUUUCGAAACAAACAGGUACACAUUCAGCCUAAGCGAAAGGCUUAACAUUUUGCAGUCACGACUGUUUCCCCACAUUAAAACCAUUCAAGUCAGGAGCUAUAUUCAGCAUGUCUCGAAUGCUGUAGAGAAAAAGUGUUUGUGUGAACAGACUUGAAAGAAAAGUGACUUAUCUCGUAAAGGCCUCUUUAUUCCAGAGCUUCUUGUACAUCUAGUAGGGUACGCAUUUGGGAUGGUUGGUUCAUGAUUAAGAGUGAAGACAACGCUAAAAAGGCGGGAUGAUAGUUCCUUAUGACGGGGCACAAGUUAGAGACACCUUAAACAGCUUUGCUGUUAAAAAGGUAUCGCCUACAGGUUUUACAUCUGUGGCAAGCCUCUCUGAACUGUUCCCUUGAACACCUGGUGCCAAGGAGCGAUACAAAUCGGUGUGCGUGCCAUAUUUACAGCAAGUAUUUUCACAAAGGAAUACAAAUUCACAUUUCUUUUAAGGGGGGAAGUGGGU